UCCAAUUAUGGCCACAACAGUGAAAAAUCUUUCUGAACAAAAAUGCAUGUCUUUAUGCAUUAAUGACAUAAUAGCUCAACUUAUCAUAGCUCAUAAAAAGAAACAAAAUAUUGAUCUUACAAAGUUAAAAUGUCAAGCUUCAAAUAAAUAUGGUUUGUCAUUUCAACCAAAGUUAUAUGAUAUUAUUAACGCAAUUCCUCCAGAAUAUAAAACAGCUCUCCUGCCCCAAUUGAAGGCCAAACCCAUACGCACCGCUAGCGGAAUAGCCGUGGUAGCAGUUAUGUGCAAACCUCACAGGUGUCCCCACAUCAACACAACUGGCAACGUUUGCGUUUACUGUCCUGGCGGGCCAGAUUCGGAUUUCGAAUAUUCUACUCAGUCGUAUACCGGUUACGAACCGACUUCUAUGAGAGCUAUUCGGGCCCGAUAUGACCCUUACAUCCAAGCUAGGCAUAGAAUAACUCAGCUGCAACAAUUAGGACACGACGUGGAAAAAAUAGAAUACAUAGUGAUGGGUGGAACCUUCAUGUCUUUGCCGGAAGAUUACCGCGAUUAUUUUAUCCGAAACCUUCAUGACGCCUUAUCCGGUUUUACUAGUAGAUCCGUUACCGAAGCCGUUAAAAUGUCGGAGAGAUCUAAGAUUAAAUGUAUUGGGAUCACGAUAGAAACGAGACCCGAUUAUUGUCUUGAACGUCAUAUCAACGAUAUGCUUUCUUACGGUUGUACCCGUCUCGAAAUCGGUGUCCAAAGCGUUUACGAAGAUGUCGCUCUAGAUACUAAUAGAGGGCACACGGUCAAGGCCACUUGUGAGACCUUCGCCUUGGCCAAAGAAGCGGGCUAUAAAGUCGUCACACACAUGAUGCCCGACCUGCCUAACGUAUGCUACCGUCGAGACGUCAAUCAAUUCCGUCAAUUAUUUUCCGAUCCAGAAUUUCGUCCAGACGGACUCAAGAUAUACCCCACACUCGUUAUAAGGGGAACUGGUCUUUACGAACUAUGGAAAAGCGGAAGGUAUCGAAGUUACGCUCCUGGCCAAUUGAUAAAUCUCGUUAGUCUUAUCCUUUCCCUUGUUCCGCCCUGGACACGAGUUUACAGGGUUCAGCGGGAUAUUCCAAUGCCUUUAGUUACCGCUUCCGCCGUUGAAAGUGGAAAUCUGAGAGAACUUUGCUCGGCUCGAAUGGAAGAAUUGGGUUUGGCCUGCAGAGAUGUAAGAACCAGAGAAGCUGGUAUAAAACAGCUGCGUAGAUCUCCUAACAAAGCUAAAGGUGGAGGUGGAAAGAUGGUAACAAACGGAUUUUAUAAGAGAGGUGAUGAUACCGAGACGAAAGUCAAGGAUACCGAUGGUGGUAAAAAGGAAGAUGAAUUCAACUUAGGGCAGAGCGUAGAAUUAGUCAGAAGGGAUUACGCCGCGAAUCAAGGCUGGGAAACUUUUCUUUCCUAUGAAGAUACCGAGACAGAUACUUUAAUAGGGUUAUUACGGUUAAGAAAAUGUUCGGAGGAAAAGGCCUUUAGACCGGAAUUAAAGCCAAAAUUAUUGAAAGAUACCUCUCCUUCUUACAAUAGUUGCGAUCCUACGCUUUUGGCCGGAGUCAGCAUGGUGAGAGAACUUCACGUCUAUGGCAGUGUGGUGCCGAUUCACGCCAAGGAUCCUCUAAAAUUUCAGCAUCAGGGUAUCGGAACUCUGUUGAUGGAGGAAGCGGAGCGUAUAUCUAGGUUAGAGCAUGGUUCGUACAAAAUAGCCGUUAUAUCCGGUGUGGGAACGAGAAAUUAUUAUAGGAAGCUUGGAUAUCAUUUAGACGGUGUUUACAUGUCAAAGAUACUGGAUUAGAUAGAGACAAAUAAACAUAACAUAAUCCCUUCUCCCAAAUGGCCUUUAUAGUUCAAUCAACGCACAUGAAAAAUGCAAUAAAUUAUUUAUUUUUUCUGAUAUAAACAUUUCCAAUAUUAUAAAUUAUUACACAUUAAAGCCUUGCAAACGGACCUAAUUUUAGGUCAGGCCCGAUCCGAGAAAAAAUUUUGUCCUACCGAUACAAGUUUGGUUGAUCGGACUCGAGUCUGUCCUGUCCAUACAGGGCUCUAGUAAAUAUUAAUUUUCGAUUAUUUCCAUGGGGAAAAAGCUAAUAAUGUUUAAAUGUAGUUAAAUCAUGAAUUUUGUUGGCCUAUAAAUCUUAUUAUCUUCCUUUUUUUAUACAUUUUUCCACGUUAAUCUAUUAUAUAGCUAAUAAAUU